AUGGCCGGUCAUGCAAUGGAGAUCCCACAGAUUAUUCAAUCUGCGAGUAUCAAUUAUAACCCAGAUCCAGCUCAUGAUAUCAACCCAACCACGGCAGCUUCAGAGAAACAACCCGCCGUGGUAGGCCCAGACUCCGACAUCAACAGCAUUGCCUCCGACAUUGUUGAUCCAAGCCGAUUUAUUCGACCAGUCCACCGGCGUCAGAACCUCCCUCCUCUCCCGGAUUUGCGCUUUGAGCAAAGCUAUCUGGCCAGCAUUAGGGAUGCUGACACUUGGGGACGAGUGGCGUGGAUCACUACUAGGGAUCAGGUACUCCUCCCUUUGAUCCAAGGAACUGUCUGGACACUUGCGCUCUCGGGCUGGCGCUUCUGGAACCGCAAUGCCUCGGUCAGCGGCCACACCCUCGGCAGUCGCAUUCGCAGAUGGUGGUAUGAAGUCAACAACUGGCAUUUGCCACAAGUUGGCUCAACGAGAAACCCUCAGCUGGCGUCGCAGGUCGAAGAUGCUCUGACUGAGGUCGUUUCUGUGGUGGAUGCUGCGUGCUGA